AUUUGCGAGGCAGAGAGAUCCAUCCAAUUCCAAAGGAUUCUCUUUUCAAAAACCCUAAAUCGACCCUCAAAUUUGGAGACUGUGAUUGAGCAUGAGCGUUAGAAGUUGAUGAAGAAAGUCGACGAAAUUGAGGAUUUCAGAUUCGAAGAUCUCGAAAUGGAGACGGAGAAAGAUAAGGAACGGAUGAUGCCGGCGACGACGAGGACGACGAGGAUGUCUUCUUAUUCAUCUUCGUCGUCUCCGUCUCCAUCUUCGGCUUCAUCAUCUGCUGCUUCGUCUCUCGCUGCGAAGGCGAUUCGAGCAUCUUCUGCACAUAGAGACUCUUCUCUUUCUUCUGCUUACUCGUCUCCUUCUUCUGCUCCUGUUCCCACUCCUCCCAAGGAGGUGAAUAAGGCUUAUGAGUAUACUUCUAUGAAGAGUUUGAAUGAACCAAAACGAGGCUUUUGGGGAAGUUUAGCUAGUAAAGCUAAGGCUUUUUUGGAUGAGGAUGAUCCUAAUCAGUUGCCUCAAAGUCCUAAGAGAACGGAGGAGAACAUACCUUCUCCAACAACUUCUGGAACUAAGGAAGCUGGUCAGACAGGUAGGAAAAGCGAGAAUCCUUCAUUACAGAGAAGAUUAGACGCGAUUACUUCAUCGUUGAAUUACAUUGGUGGCACCAUUGGCACUGUUGUUGAGGAGGGUAUUACUGCUGUAGAGAACCGUACUGCAGGAAUCAUUCAAGAAACCCGUAAAAAGAUUAAAAAAAAGCCAAGUCUUACAAGGAACCAGCAGAAUCCUGAGAUACAAGCAGAUUUGGAAAUUCAACUCAAGGCAUCUCGCGACGUUGCAAUGGCCAUGGCUGCCAAGGCGAAGCUUUUACUUCGGGAGCUGAAGAUGGUCAAAUCUGAUCUGGCUUUUGCAAAGCAACGAUGCGCACAGCUGGAAGAAGAAAAUAAGGUUCUGAGGGAGAACCGUAGUGGCGACAGUCAGACAGAUGACGAUGAUCUGGUGCGACUUCAACUGGAAACAUUAUUGGCUGAGAAAGCUCGGUUGGCUCAUGAAAACUCGAUAUACACCCGAGAAAACCUUUAUCUGAGAGGAGUCGUCGAAUAUCACCAGCUUACAAUGCAAGAUGUGGUCUACUUUGAUGAGAAGACUGAAGAAGUAACUGAGGUAUAUCCCAUUAAUGUGUCUUCAAUGUCCUCUUCAUCAGAUAACUCUCACAAUCCAAAUCCAAGUUUCUUGGAGCUCAAAUGAAACACAACAACGACUCUCAUAUGUUUCUUGUUGUGAAUCAGACAACAAGACAAGUUGUUGUCUGUAAUUGCUCUGUAUCUGUAGAAAUAUAUAUACUUUGUACUCUUAAUUUGGGGUGGGGGUCUUAAGAAUUAGCAGUGAAUGUUAUUUAUUACCCUUAAUUAUUUAAAAUAAAAAAAGAAUGUUCUA